CUUCGUGCUGCUUGUUGCUGACUACGACGACUUCCACCUGAUAGCUAUAGCUGACUUCGUAUAGCGCUAGAAAGUUUAGAUUUUGCUAGUGCGCUUUUUCUAAAGUUUGCGUGGUUUUGUGUUAUUGGUCAUACUUACUGACAAAAAAUGCAAUACGAAAUCGUCCAGGCUCUUACCCGGUUCAUUUUCGCCGUUUUGCUGACGUCGAUGGUGGCUGUUAAUGCCAAGGCAUCGCAUUUUCCGGAAAAUACACAAGGUUUGAUUAAUGAUCAAGAUGCGUCUGCCAACAACCUCAUCGACUCUGGACUAAGACCAUGGCAACUUGAGCUUAUUGCGCAAAGAAUGGCCGAGCUUAAUCAAAUCAACCAAAUGUCCGGUCCUCAAGACUUCGCCCCAGGACGUUUCGAUCGCGCCCUAAGAAGCGGCAACGAAAUCAAACGUCAAAGUCGCUACCGUCUUUGCUACUUCAACCCCGUUUCUUGCUUCAAAAAGUAAAAAAAUUUCGCCUAAAGGCUAUUUUGAAAAAACAAAUAUAUAUUUAGAACAAGUGAUUUUUACAGGAUUAUUUUUUGGAAAUAAGUUCCUAUAUAGACUUUCUUAAAUAAUUUAUUUUUGUGUAAUUUAAACCUAAAUGUAUUUUAUUUUAUAAGUAAAACUUAUUUCCAAAAAAAAAAAAUAGAGUUAAGACAAACAAGAUAUAUUAUAUUUAAAAUUGGUGUACUUAUACUUAAGUCAGCUAUUUUAUCAAAAUAAUAAUAUUCUAAAAUAAAGAUUCAUAUCAAUACAAUUUGUGUAAAAAGUCGAUGUCUGAACAAUAUAUGAAUAGGUAUUGUACUUUCAUUGGACUAGUAAUUAAAUUAUUUUAUUGUCUUUUUAUCUGGAUUAUUAAUUUUUUGUUUAUAUUUUUACCUAAUUGUUACUAGUUCUAUGUAAUUAUCUUCCCCAAUAUAUUAUAAUACAUCAUUAUAAGGCGAACAAAUGAAUAAAUAUAAUACAAAAUAUAUUGUCUAUCAUCCAUAUUUGGAAAGCAGAUGCUUUUGUUCUCAUGUUUUCCUAAUAAAACGCAGAAAAACUCAUCAGUGGGUAUCAAUUUGUAAUUUAUGGAAGUAAUUGAUAACACUUAUAAUAUCUAUCAGAAGAUAAGCAAGGGUGAUGCUAUUCUCAUACUUUAUUGUACUUAGUAGAUAUAGAUGGCCGGUUCUACACCCUCCGGAAGGGAUUUAUUAGUAGAAAACUCUUAUAGACAGGUCUGUAUAUAGCUAUACAGGUCUGAUACAGCUUUAGAUAGGUCUGUAUACAGCUAUACAGGUCUAGAGGCAGGUUUGUUCAGCUGUAUAAACAUUUUUCUUUAGACCUGUAUUGGGAUUUCAAGAUAAGCGAUACUUUGGAACUAGUUUGUAGUACAUUGUCGUUUGUUAUUGUAUUGUUUACCAUUGUGUUUUUGUGAAUAUUUUUGAAGUGUUUUUGAAUUUUUAAAGCGUGUUGGGGAAUAAAUAAGUGUAAAUUAUAUCAGAUACAUUCAAUCAUGACCUCAAAUCACUACUGUUGUGUUCCUCAGUGCAAGUUUUGGGCCAAAAAAGAUGCUAACAAAGGGUUGGGUUUCCACAUAUUUCCCCUUGAAACAGGCCUACGGGUUUAUUUGGAAAUGAAGAUGGGAAAAUAGUUAGAAUGGAGAAGAAAAGCCUGGAUUUUAAAACUUCGUAUUAGCAAACCACUCAUCAAAUUCAUGAAAGUGUAUUUCUCUGCAUUUCAAGCAAGAAGUUUGUGUUAAGGUGGGAGUACAGGUAAAGGUCGGAUAUUGAAAAAAACAGCUGAACCAUCCCAGAAUUUGCCCUAUUCUACAGUGAUCCAUAAACCCAGCCAAAAAACAGAUUUCAUGUGUGCUGACUUGCCAAAAGAAAAAGAAAUCAAGAUUCUAGUGAGAGCGGUUCAAGUAAUGAAUGUAUUUAGUGAUACUUGUAUUCAAUUAUUAAACUCUUUUGAGACAAACAUACAAAUGGACGAGCAAACAGCAGAAAGUGUCAAGUUUUUAUUAAAUUCUAAUUACCAGUAUUACAG